GUUUUAAAUGUUCGAAAUGUAAUUAAAUCCCCCUUGUUUGUAUGAAAUCCGUCAUGUUUAUAAGACGGCCGUAUUUGCAUGAAUUUCAUUCGAUUUGUUGUUUGAAAUAUAUGCGGCUUGCGUUAGAAGGCGACCUCCCGCAUCCUUAUCCACAGACUGAUCCCCCUGUCUACGAGUGAAUUGCAAAAAACAUCGACAUUGAAGGCUAGUGUUGCAGAAAUCACAAGUCUCUAGUUUUGUGCCCAAAAACACUAAUUCCCAGGCUAAUCUUUUGCAGAAACCACAAGUCGCUCGGUUCGCUCGUUUUAAGUGGGAUUAUGACAGGUGGGGCCCGGUUUUGUCGACGUGGCAUAACUGUUCAACUGUUACACUCGUUCACGCCGUGAGACGCCGUGCGCGGGCCGAGCCGGAACCCUGUUGACCGGUUCCUCCCCGCUGGCCGUUACAGGCCCACCCACCCCAACCCGAGUCAUUCGCUCGCGCUCUCUGCUCCCACUCGUUCGCCGCCGUCGACCCGUCCACAUCUCCGACCGCCGCCGCCGCCACCGUGUCGCGAUGGUUUCCUGGAGUGAGGAUGAUGACAGCAGUGAAGGUGAGCACGGCAGGUAUUACCAGUACUCCACCUCAGGUUCAGACGACGGCAUCGUGAAGAUCCCUGCUACCACGGAUGACUCCGAAUUCGAGGGCAAUGAUUAUGUUUUGUGCCAUGAACAUCGGAAGCGAGCAGAAAGACUUGUUGCUUUCGAGGGCAUCCAUACUGGCAGGAGGUUCCUUGCUUGUGCUGUGAAGGUAUGUGUCAAAUUUCUGCUAAUUAGCUGCUGUGGGCAUCCAUAUUGGUCAUUGUUUACUACUGAUCUUGGUAGUUAG